GAAAUGAAUUAGUCGUUAACGUUUAAUCCAAAGCGACAGAUAGAUUUUCCAAAGCAAGGAACCAAUAUUGAAGCAAAACAGAUAGAUUGACAUAGAUAGUGGCGGAUAAUGAGUUAUAGAGUAUGGUAGAUGACGAUCGAUGAUCUAUACCUUAUGCAGAUUAUGCAUACACGAGCUCACUCGUAACUCGUAGAUCUAUUAUUUCGUAGCAUGCUUCUAGGUAGAAAUACAGCUACAGCUAAACGAAUAGAUAAAUAGAAACUAGAAACAAAACCUAAUAAACCUAAUUAUUUGUGUACCCUAUCUUUCUAUGCAAAGUAAGUUGAGCUUAAGUUUUGUGGUUUCUUGCGGCUCGUUAGACGUCAAAACGUGAUUGUUGAUUCAUUUAGGACUCAGACAUGUUUGCCCAAAUUGUCUGACAUUAAACAAACCGAUUAAAGUUCUUGCCAGUUUAACAUACUCGGAGAGAUGUCGUGUAAGAAUUUUUAUGAUAUCUUAUCUGUAAAUGAGCUCAACGUAGAGGAAUUACAUAUUCUACUAUCAUACAAACUAUUAUGGAAUACCAAGUGAUACCAGUUAAGCGUUUUGAUGAGGUUAUAGAACAUUUACGACAAAAUUUCUUUGCUGAUGAACCUUUAAAUAAAGCGGUAAAUCUUUGCAAACGCGGUGAAGGUCAUAAAUAUUUAGAAGAACAUAGCCUGAAAACUUUAGAGGCUAAUCUAAGUGUAAUGGCCGUAAGUGAUGAGAAUGAGAUUGCUGGUGUUGUAUUGAACGGUAUUUUACGUCCGGGCGAUUUGGAAACAGCAAAAAAAAAAUUGCAAACAAAAGAUGAUGAAAAAUAUAGAAAAAUCUUUCAACUUCUCUACGAUCACAAUCUUCAAACGAAUAUAUUUGAGUAUUUUCAAAUUGAUAAAGCUUUCGAUAUGAGCAUAUUGUCGGUAGAUGAAAAAUUUCGUGGCAAAGGUAUAGCGAAGCAUUUAGUAGAAAGCAGUGAAAGUUUGGCGAGAGAACAUGGCUUUAAGCUUUUGAAAGCUGAUGCCACCGGUGUUUUCUCACAAAAGAUUUUUAAAUCGGCCGGUUUUGAAGUAUUGCACGAACAGUAUUACAAUAAAUAUGUAGAUAAUGAUAAUGAGGCAAUAUUGCCCGUAGAAUCACCGCAUAUUAAAUUGCAAUUGCUUUACAAGCGUUUAGAUUGAAUUGAAUUUUUCAAAAAUCCUCCUAUUCAUUACUAUCGAGUACUUCGAAUAAUAAUAAGAAUAAUAAUAAAUAAAAGCUUUACAGGGCUUCAUAUGCAAUAAUUUACAUACAUUAGUUACGAAUCAAAUACUUCUUACUGUUACUGUUCACUAUUAAAACGAUGAUUAACUUGUUUAUGUAUAUGUGUAUAAAAGAACAAAGGAUGAAAUGUCAAAGGGCAUCAUGAGAACGAUGAGAUUAUGUUGAUUAAUAUUUAAGACAAUAAUAACAUAAUAGGCAAGCAAAGUAUCACCUUAUCAUCAUCAUCAUCAUCAUCAUCGUCAUCAUCGUCAUCGUAAUCAGUAAAAAAUAAUUGUUCGAUAGCUUUAGUUAAAAUAUCAAUCUUUUGUUGAAAGGAUAUUUUUUCUUUUCAUUUCGCUAUCUCUCUGCCACUUCUUCCAUAUGAAAAACAAUAAAGUAAAGAUCGCCUUCAAAACAUUUUCACGUUUUACGUAAAUAAAAAAUUAUUCGGUUUAUCCUUGAAACACAUUUUCAAUAACCUCAAACCUAAUAUAUUAUAUAUAUAUAUAAUGGAUAAGAGCAAUAUUUCUAAUCGAUCUUGUGCCAGAGCAUUUUCAACAUAAGCUUAAAGAAAAGACAGAAAAAUGUACAAUUUUUAGAUUAGAGUUUAAGUAAAAGUUUUUGGCGAUAAGAGAAAGAAAUCUUUAAAGAUCUUCAAGCAACUAACUUUCACUCAAUCUUAGUGUUAAAUAAAUGUCUUUUAUAGACUAGAUGCAGACUAUCUUGAAAUCGGAUUUUUAUAUUGAUCAGAGUGUGAACUUAUGUCGAAUUUCACGUUAACUAUAGCAAUAGUUCCUAAAUUACAAAAGCUAGUAUUUUCAAACUAAUGUGAGUGGUAUUUUAAGAGCGACUAUUAUUUAUCUAAUCUGUUCUAUAAGAGACUCACCGAACGGUCAGAACGACGGCCAUUAUUAGAUUUGUUUGUGAGUUUCCUGUACAUUAUAGUCUCAUAUGGCAUAUAUAUAUAUGGUAUAUGUAUAUAUGUAUGUAUGUGUGUAUGUGCAUAUGUAUGA